AUGUUUAGUGUACAACGUUGGUGCGUUGUAUGCGGUGUAGAACCAGUACAUCACAACGUGAAUAACCCAAAUUCUGUUAAAGUUGGUAACGAAGUGCAACCAGGUUCUGAUUUCCUUGUAAGUUUUGAAGAAAACGUUUUGCCAUUCGACUUCGCCCAAUCUCAAAUAUCUCUCUUCUUGAGGAAUGUCAAUCAAACGAGUACCGUCAGCGAGCAUAAUUCUAGAAAUACCCUCUGGGUACCAGAACAAUUGAUUAACAUCAUCGUAACCAAUAAUCUCAUUGUGGUCCUUUUCACGCUUGACAAAUCUUCCCUCGUAAAUUUCGUAUACUUGAGAUCUCAAGAAUCUGUAGAUAGGUGUGAUUGUUCUGUUCAAAUAGUCACCCUCUGGGACUGGUUCCUGUCUUUGUUGACAUUGUGGAGACAACAAGUAGUCCAUAGCAGUCUUAUAAAUGUAGCAAAGACAUUCAGGAGUGAAACGCACUUGGUUGGCCUCUCCCCACAACAAUAA